AUGUGCAACUUGCGAGACGUUCGCUAUUCGUUUACGACCUGGCUGGCCUACGAGAUCCUGCUGAGCCGAACGCUGGGCGUGGUAUCGCUGAAGAAGUCAGAUGGAACUGUGGUGCACCCGACUGUGGACUCAGUCAAAGUCGCGCUCAACGAUUACUUGAGCUCCGGUUCGGGCCUCGCCUAUGAUCUGAUGCUCCUCGAUGCCUGGCCGAUCGCCACGUUUGCGUCGUUCAUCUACAGGCAGCGCACGAUGAGAGAUUGCAAGAACGCUGCCGCCCUGGCCGACUUCAUGUACUGGUCCCAGUCCGACGCCAACGCGAGACGGAUCGCGACGAGGCAAGGGUUCGUCAUGGCGUCGGAUGUCCAGGAGCUCGUCAAGCGCAUGUACCUGCUGCUCGACGACUUCACCUGCAAUGGUGAGCACGUCAGCAGCCUCCACGGCUGCGUCACCACCGGCGGUGAGCUGUGUUCCGGUGCCGGCACCUGCGCCGAGGGCCAGUGCGCGUGCAAUAGCGGACGCGAGGGCAAGUACUGCGAGGCAUUCACCUCCUCGUCCGAUGACAACCGCCUCACUAUUCUUCUCGCGACCAUCAUACCGGUGGGGGCGGUCAUUUUGCUGCUACUGCUCGGCUGCAUCGCUGCAUUGAUGGGCGUGAUCACGCGUUCGGGCCGCGAAAGCGACGACUGGGAGAUCGACUACAACGAGCUCGAAGUCGGCGAGCAGCUGGGCGCGGGCGGCUUCGGUCAGGUGUUCAAGGCCACCUGGAAGGGCACCGAGGUGGCGGUGAAGGUGGUGGCGGCCGACAAGAUCUCACGCGAGAUGGAGAAGAGCUUCAAGGAUGAGGUGAGGGUAAUGACGGCGCUGCGACACCCCAACGUGGUGCUGUUCAUGGCAGCGUCGACCAAGCCACCCAAGAUGUGUAUUGUGAUGGAGUUCAUGGCCCUCGGAUCUCUCUUUGACUUGCUGCACAACGAGCUGAUUCCGGAGCUGCCAUUUGCGCUCAAGGCCAAGAUGGCCUACCAGGCCUCCAAGGGCAUGCACUUCCUCCACUCCUCAGGUAUCGUCCACCGCGAUUUGAAGUCGCUCAAUCUGCUGCUGGACAGCAAGUGGAACGUCAAGGUGAGCGACUUUGGGCUGACCAAGUUCAAGGACGAUAUUGACAAGGGUGGAGGCGCGGACCACCACGUCGGCAGCGUCCACUGGACCGCGCCCGAGAUCCUGAACGAGACGCCCGACGUUGAUUACGUCCUGGCCGACGUAUAUAGCUUCGGCAUCAUCCUCUGGGAACUGUUGACCAGAGAACAGCCCUUCUUCGGCCUCAGCCCCGCGGCGGUAGCAGUCGCGGUGAUCAGGGACGGGCUCAGGCCACGGAUGCCCGCUCCCGAGGAGCAGAUGGUGGGCGCGCACCCGGUCGAGUUCGAGGAGCUGAUCACGUGCUGCUGGCACACGGACCCUGUC